UCGUCGUGAGUGAGUGAAUAUUGAAUAGUGAAACGUUUUAGCGGUUGUAUUACAUUACAUUUUUGGGAAUUAAUUGUAUUUUAAACUGACAUUGGUUUGCUUGAAGUAGAAUUACUAAAUAAUUGAAAUGGCUAUGCAACCUCACAGCAAGAAACGAGUGUGUUAUUAUUAUGAUAGUGACAUCGGAAAUUAUUAUUAUGGACAAGGACAUCCUAUGAAACCACACCGUAUACGUAUGACCCAUAAUUUAUUACUUAAUUAUGGGUUAUAUAGAAAAAUGGAGAUUUAUCGACCCCACAAGGCUACAGCAGAUGAGAUGACAAAAUUCCACUCGGAUGAUUAUAUUCGAUUCUUACGCUCAAUCAGACCUGACAACAUGUCAGAAUACAACAAACAGAUGCAGCGAUUUAAUGUUGGUGAGGACUGUCCUGUGUUUGAUGGUUUGUAUGAGUUCUGUCAAUUGUCGGCCGGAGGGUCUGUGGCCGCAGCUGUUAAACUGAACAAGCAGGCUUCAGAAAUCUGUAUCAAUUGGGGUGGUGGCCUUCACCACGCGAAGAAAUCCGAAGCAUCCGGUUUCUGCUACGUGAACGACAUUGUUCUGGGCAUCCUGGAGUUGUUAAAGUAUCACCAGAGGGUUCUUUACAUUGAUAUUGAUGUCCAUCACGGUGAUGGGGUCGAAGAAGCUUUCUACACAACCGACAGAGUGAUGACGGUGUCAUUCCACAAAUAUGGGGAAUACUUUCCUGGGACAGGCGAUCUACGUGAUAUCGGCGCCGGCAAAGGAAAGUACUACGCAGUGAACAUCCCCUUGCGGGACGGCAUGGACGACGAGUCCUACGAAUCCAUCUUCGUGCCAAUCAUCUCUAAGGUCAUGGAGACAUUCCAGCCGAGCGCUGUGGUCCUGCAAUGCGGAGCUGAUUCCCUUACAGGCGACAGAUUAGGUUGCUUCAAUCUGACAGUGCGAGGGCACGGUCGUUGUGUGGAGCUCGUCAAAAGAUUUGGAUUGCCCUUCUUACUUGUGGGUGGAGGAGGUUACACAAUUCGCAACGUGUCCCGCUGUUGGACGUAUGAAACCUCAGUGGCAUUGGGAGUGGAGAUCGCUAACGAGCUGCCAUACAACGACUAUUUCGAGUACUUCGGGCCGGACUUCAAACUGCACAUAUCGCCGAGCAACAUGUCCAAUCAAAACACGCCCGAAUAUCUGGAGAAAAUCAAGAAUAGGCUCUUCGAGAACCUGAGGAUGUUGCCACACGCGCCUGGCGUUCAGGUUCAACCAAUUCCUGAAGAUGCUGUUAAUGAUGAAUCUGAAGAUGAAGAUAAAGUUGACAAGGAUGAGAGGCUACCACAGAGUGAAAAGGACAAACGCAUAACCGGUGAUGGUGAGCUGUCUGAUUCCGAGGACGAAGGCUCCGGCGGUCGCCGCGACAACCGCUCGUACCGCUCGCAGCCGCGCAAGCGACCGCGGCUGGACAAAGAUGUGGACCAAAUCAAAGACGAGAUCAAAACCGAAGAUUCAAAGGACGACGUGAAAGCCGUGACCGGCACAGAGGAACCAAAGAAAGAAGUACCGACCAAUCCCUGAUGCGGGCGUUAAGAUCUGGCUAGGACCCGCAAACGACAAUGUUAAAGGUUUAAUUGACAUUAUCAAACCUGUGACAAUGAAAUAAGUAAUUUUGACUGCUGAAAGUUUAUUUAUCCAGUUUAUUUUACUUUACAUAGACGGCACAUCAAGAGCGCUGUUCGUAUGAUAAAAGUUAGUGAACAACGGCCUUAAUUUUAAGUUUAUAUGUAUGGUACCGUUAUAUUGCGAAAUUUUCAAAUUUGUAAAAAACAUUUAAUUUAGAAAAACGAAGUAUCAAUUUUAUUUAAUCCUCAUUCAAAAAGUAAUGAAUGCAAUGCAAACAACAAAACUCCUAUUCUUUGGAUUCGUCAUCCUCUAGUGAUUGUUAAAAAAUCUCUCAAAUUUUCUCUACACCACUAGACUCAUGGUGACCAAACAAGAUAGAAUUUUCUUUUAACUCUUGACAUUGUUUGAAUGUAGGUAUUUGCUUUGGUAUUAUACUAUACUUCAGAUCUCUCGUCGUGUAUUGAAGCUUUGGAAGUGGAGUGAAUUCAGAAUUCUAGGUAGGAAUGUUAAAAUGAAUUUUAGUGGUAAGGAUUUUUAUAGGUAAAUUAAGCACUUGUCGAAUUGGUAUAUUUUUGAAUGAUAGAAUAUCAAUAAAAGUAUCAAUGUGAAACUAUCAUAUUCAAAAA